AUGAUUUUAAAUUCUAUCGCUUUUCAAGACACCGCAAUUGUGUGGAUACGGGAUCACAGACUGCAUCACAAAUACAGCGACACUGACGCGGAUCCGUACAACGCUUCUAGAGGCUUCUUCUUCUCGCACAUCGGAUGGCUGCUUGUGAGGAAACAUCCGAAAGUGAUAGAAAAAGGGAAGACCAUUGAUAUGAGUGACAUUACUAACAAUCCCGUGUUGAAGUUUCAGCGGAAAUAUGCAAUUCCCGUGGUAGGUAUGUGCUGUUUUGUCAUACCAACUCUGGUCCCAAUCUAUUUCUGGAAUGAAUCUUUUAUAAACGCCUUCUACCUUAACCUUUUUCGCUAUGUUUAUGGACUUCACGUAACGUUCAGCGUCAACAGCGUCACUCACUUAUGGGGCAACAAGCCGUACGACAAAACCAUCAAACCAACCCAAUCGAUCAUCGUUUCUCUGCUGUCUGGUGGCGAAGGCUACCAUAACUACCACCACGUGUUCCCAUGGGACUAUAGAACGGCCGAGAUCGGGAACAACUGGAUCAAUACGUCCACGUUGAUCAUAGAUUUAAUGGCUAAAAUUGGUCUAGCCUACGAUUUGAAGACGACUACAGAAACAAUGGUGCUGGAAAGGAUUAAGCGAACUGGGGAUGGAAGCAAUUUGUGGGGGAUAGGUAGAAAAUUGUAA